CUGAUUAGCCAUUUUGAAUGCUUUCGAUUCGUGCAGCAAAGCGCCGCGCGUUUUUUGUUGUCUGUCGCAAGGUCUGCCGGUAGAGACGCCAGUCUACCUCACUUCACUUGAAACAAAAGCCGGCCGACGCUUCCAACCACCUCACGAACAACAAUCUUCAUAUCCAAAUUAACAUCACCGCCACAGAAUGUCCAAGCGCAAACAAGCACCAACAAGGAGACCUGCAGCCAAGAGGGGUAAGAAGAAGGAAGAAUCUGAUAUUGAUUCAGAUCUCAGUGAUCAGAGUGAAAAUGAGAAUGGUCCCCAGCCAGAUGAGGUUCUUAUUUCUGGCCAUGGUGAUGCUCUUGAUGAACUUACAAAACUGCCAGAUGAACUUCUUAAAACUUUAAUUAAACCAGCUGGCCAGUUGCUCAUUUUUGGUCAAGUCAAUUGGGAUCUAACAGGGAGAAAGGAUAGCAAGACAAGCAAAUUGGCAUUUCCUAAUUUGUAUACUCCUCAUCGCUUCACGAACUUAAGGGUCCGUUUUGCUGCAAGUGGUUGUGUAUCAGCUCACAGUGUGAUCAUUACAGAAGAAGGUAAAGCACUGAGUUUCGGCAGGAAUCAGUUCGGUCAGCUAGGUACCAAUAACACAACUACGGUGCACAUCCCGGCGGAGAUUCAAGGCAUGCAGGAAAUGAAUGUGAUCAGCGCUGCUUGCGGUCGCAACCACACUCUACUUCUCACUGAUACUGGCACCGUGUACGCUUGCGGAGACAAUAGGUCAGGACAGUGUGGUAUUGGCAACUUGCAGCCACAAGUAUUAACACCGAAACGUAUUAACUAUCGCGGUCCUCCGAUUAUUAAAAUUGGAUGUGGGGCUGAUUUCUCAGUAAUUUUGGAUGCCAAAGGUGGUCUGCAUUCUUUCGGUUUGCCCGAGUACGGCCAGUUGGGGCACAAUACCGACGGCAAGUACUUUAAGACAAGCACAAAAUUAGACUACAACCAUCAGACGAGCCCGAAGCGCAUCGUCAUCUAUAUAGAGAAGAGUAAAGAUGGACAUCUCACACCGGUCGAUGUCACGGAGAUCGUCGACUUUAGUUGCGGUCAGAAUCAUACAGUUGCGAUCGACGGCAAGAAACGCGCGUUUUCGUGGGGUUUCGGCGGUUUUGGACGGUUGGGUCAUGCAGAACCGAAAGAUGAAAUGGUGCCAAGAUUGAUCAAGUUCUUCGAUACUCAAGCUCGCGGUUUGAAUCAAAUCAAAUGCGGUUCGACGUACAGUUUAGCCGUCAACGACAUCGGAGCGAUGUAUAUGUUUGGUCGCUCCAAGCGUAACGGUGAGGCCAAUAUGUAUCCAAAGCCAGUACAAGACUUGGCUGGCUGGGACGUUCAUCAGAUCGCCGCGGGUUUCACUUCUUCGAUUGUUGCCGCGGACGAGAGUGUGAUCUCAUGGGGUUGUUCUCCUUGCUUUGGCGAACUUGGGCUUGGUGAUAUCUACAAGUCAAGCCAUAUUCCAAAAGAGGUGAAUAAGUUAGCUGGUACAAAAGUGAUUUGCUUGGCGAUGGGCUACUCUCACACUCUGUUAGUCGCCCACGACGACACCCCCGAACAAAAAGCGAAGUUGGAGGCGCUUGAAAUGUAUGAACCUUAGACUGCAUUCGAGAAAUCGUUGGCUGCCCUUCCAUUACAUUAAUUUUAUAUUCAUUUUAAACGUAAGUUAACAAUUAAUUCAUGAAAUGCUGAAUAUUGUCGAUACAUUUUUUUAUAUCAACUAUUUAAGGUUUUAAAUUGGUAAUUAUUCAGGUUAAUACAAUACAGUUGAGUGAUCUUAUUAUAUAGGUCUGUGUAUUCAAUAAAUAUAACUAUAACGAUUUUAA